AAUAUAGGCUAGUUAACAUUCUUCUGAGUUAGUGGAAGUUCAUAAUGAUUAUUUAAAUUCUAGUAUUCGAUGUCACAUGAUCUCCUUUAACCUUGUAUCUGUAAGUCAAACAUUACAUAAAUAUUUAGACCACAUAGAUCAUUUGGCUCUUUGUCAGCCUGUUCUGUUUUUGUAAUUAAUUUAUUGUUAAUCAGUGAUGACAAUAAAUAAUCCUAGAUAUGGAAAAUGAUUUGUGUUGAUUAAUCCAUGUUUCCAGAUUAAAGUUUCCUCUGAAUAAAAGUCCCUUCAUGGAGAUCAUAUUUGCUCUUAUUUACAAUGAACACGUGUUGACCUGAUUUGCUGUCAGUUAACAAUCAUUGAUAGUUACUUGUUGUUUUCCUUGUAGUCUGUCUUGAAGUCAUAAAUAUUACAUUAGUCAGUGAUUUACUAGAAUUACUUAUGCCCUCAGUUCUCAUAGGGUUACUGAAUCUAAUGAUACAGUGACCUCCCCUUUGUACUGUGUAAUAUAAAAGUCAGUCAGGUUUGCAGAGGACACAGAUACUGUUGAGUUUUCACUGACAGAAUGGAGAUCAUGGUGUUUUUCACACUGUUGCUUCUGGUCUGCUCUGUUUCCACAAAUCAGACUGAGGCAGAUAAUGAAAUUGUUGACCAGCAGAUUUCAAACCAACAACCCUGUCCACAGGACAUCCAUGCUGUGCUCAGAGAGAUGGCAGUCUCACUGGCUUUACAGACAGAGCGGAUUACUGUCCUACAGAAAGAGAAUCAAGAUCAGGCCGCAAAGCUAAAAGAAAUGGAGAGACAGAAGACUGAGCUCGACCAGCUGAAGCUGCAGUCCAAAGAACAAGCAGCAAAGCUGGAGACUGAGAUUGACCAGCUGAAGCUGCAGUCAGAAGAACAAGUAGCAAAGCUUGAGAGUCAGAAAACUGAGAUCGACCAGCUGAAGCAUGAACUACAAGUCAAACAGGUGGCUUUCUCAGUCAGUCUGCUGGAUCAAGGUUAUGGAUACACUGGACCCUAUAACACACAUAUGACUCUGAUCUUCAAACGUGUUGUCACAAACAUUGGAAAUACCUACAACCCACACACAGAGAGUGAUCCAGCUGUAGUCUACUCAGCAGUGAGAACAGAAGACAUAAUGUAUCGAUAAAAAAUAGUUGUCCCACCAAAGAGGAAAAGAGACUGUAAACCAGAGCC